AAUACGGCAUACCAGCCAUAGUUCUUAUCAUAUCUACAAGCAUUCAAUUUAACUCGCUUUCCUCCAAUCACUCAUAGUUUCUGUUGUAUACUCGAACAUCUCACAUCACUACACACAGCCAAUUAGCCCAACAUGUCUCUGGAACAGAACAUCGAGUCUCAAGCCCAAGCCCUCCACUCGCACAUCUUCUCCCAGCCCCAAGACCAGUACACCAAUAAGCCAUGGGCCCUAGUCACCGCGAUCGACGCCUUCGCAUUCGCCAACAAAAUGAUGACAUACCGCGAUGAGAAGAUCCAAGUUUCCAAGCAGCAGCUUGAACGCAUGCAGACCGCGCCUCGCACCCUGCUCGAAUUCGGCACCUACGUCGGCAGCUCCGCCAUCGCAUGGGGCGCUAUCCUGCGCGAUCUCCACGGCGAGACCAGCCGCGUGUACACGUUCGAGCUAAGCGCCGUGAACGCCCAGAUUGCGCGGGACUUCGUCCGCCUUGCGGGGCUGCAGGACAUCGUGCAUGUCGUGGAGGGUCGAGUUCGGAGUCCCUGCGCUGAUGUUGUGUUCUUUGACCACUGGGAGAAGUUCUAUGUUCCGGAUUUGAAGAUCAUUGAGGAGCUGGGGCUGUUGAGGAAGGGGGGUCUCGCGAUUGCGGAUAAUACGGAUAUGCCUGGGGCGCCGAAGUAUGUGGAGUAUGUGAAGGGGAGUGCGAGAUAUCAGACGGAGGAGAUUGAUAUCGAGGAGUUGAAGCCUUGGCCGUCCAUUGUGAUGGUCAGUACUGUGGUUAGUGAUGAGUGAACUCGUGGCAUAGAAGGAACAUGGUUAUGAUUAAGAUGGCACACUGAAUCUAUCUAUAUUUAUUUAUAAUGUUGUCUCAAUUCAGCUCACUGUCCAAGAAAUAACUCAG